AUGACUCUGGAAGGCCCAUGUUGGGCAAGGAGAGAACCUGGAGGCUUCCUUACAGCCUGGGGUCCUCCAGCUCAGAUUCUGCUGGCCUGGGUGGUUCUGUCGUGCAUGGAAAAUGGUCAAGGCUACUGGGAUGGGACCCUGGAAUCUGCGAGUCCAGACCAUGUGAGAAGACGUGGCAGGCCUGCCAUCAUUUUGCAGGGGCCUAAUGUCUGUGGUUCCCGCUUUCAUGCCUACUGCUGCCCUGGCUGGAGGACUCUGCCUGGCAGGAAUCAGUGUAUUGUCCCUGUCUGUAGGCAUACCUGUGGCAAUGGCUUCUGCUCCCAGCCCAACCUGUGUACCUGUAUGGAUGGGACCGUGGCCCCCAGCUGUGAAGUAAGUAGAGCAUCACUGGGGUGUAGCAUGAGCUGCAUGAAUGGGGGCAGCUGCCGAGGGGAAUCCUGUCUGUGCCAGAAAGGCUACACGGGCACUGUGUGUGGACAACCCAUCUGUGUCCACGGUUGCCGUAACGGAGGACGCUGCAUCGGGCCAAACCUCUGUGCGUGUGUCUAUGGAUUCAUGGGGCCUCAGUGUGAGAGAGACUUCCAGAUGGGGCCCUGCUACCCCCAACUGAGUCCUGAGGGGUGCCAGCGCCAGCUGACAGGUCUUAUGUGCACCAAAGCUCUCUGUUGUGCCACUGUGGGCCAUGCCUGGGGACUUCCCUGCCAGCUCUGCCCUGCACAGCCGCACCCCUGCCGCCGAGGCUUUACCCCAAAUGUUCACACAGGAGCCUGCCAAGAUGUGGAUGAGUGCCAGGUCAUCGCAGGUCUGUGCCAGGGCGGCAGCUGUCUCAAUACAGUGGGCUCCUUCAUGUGCCACUGUCCUAGUGGACACCAGUUCAAUAUCAGAGGCGCCAAAUGUGAAGAGCGCCAGGUGGGCACCUGCUUCUCAGUGCUUAUCAGAGGUCAGUGUGCUGCAGGUCUCACUGGCCACUACACUCACAGACAGUGCUGCUGUGACAAGGGCAGGUGCUGGGCGACUGGUCCAUCCCCAAAGCUGUGUCCUCCAAGGGGUUCUGGUGAAUUCCUGAGACUGUGUGCCCAGGGGCUCCCACUGCUGCCCGCCUAUGCAGACCUCUUCCCUGGACUCUCAGAAGUUGGAGCCAAUAACCUGGGGUCUUCCCUAGGACCAGCACAACACAACCACCGUGGUUCCAAUGGGCAUGGGUACCAAGGCUCCACACUGAGUUCUGGCAACUCCAACAGCGCCACUCACUCCAUUGCAAACCAGAUUGUUGACAUCUCUUGCCGUGUCACCAGCUUAUACCUCAGUAAUUGCUGCCAGCUCACCCCUUCCAGCUACUACUGUAAAUGCAACUUGGGCUAUUCCCUUGUUUCACAUGGAGAAUGGAUCACUAUGAAUGAGUGUAUCACCCAUGGUGACCUUUGCCACCUAGGCUGCUUUAUCAACAGAGAAGGCAGCUUUCAGUGUGUGUGCAAUGCAGGUUUCAAGCUCAGCCCUGAGGGGAGGAAUUGCAUGGGACUCAGUGAUCAGCCAUUCCUCUGUGCAGAUGUGAGGCUGGGCCUGUGUUUCCUAAAUUGGGAUGAGGAUGACUGCGGAAUUCCCCUGCCUGGCAAGUACCGGAUGGAUGUCUGCUGCUGCUCCGUUGGGACAACAUGGGGAGCUGAGUGCAAGGUUUGCCCCGAGCACAGCUCCCCAGAAUUCUUCAAGCUGUGUCCCCAAGGGCUGGGCUUUGCCAGCCAGGACUUCCUGUCUGGCCGACCCUUCUAUAAAGAUGUGAAUGAAUGCAAGGUGUUCCCCGGCCUGUGCACACAUGGCACCUGCCGCAAUUCUGUGGGCAGCUUCCACUGCUCCUGUGACAAAGGCUUUGCCCUGGAUGCCCGAGAAAGGAACUGCACAGACAUUGAUGAAUGUCGUAUCUCGCCUGACCUCUGUGGCCACGGUUCCUGCGUCAACACCCCAGGCAGCUUUGAGUGUGAUUGUUUUCCCGGUUUCACUGGUGGCUCUUUGCUGAUGAAGAACUGCGUGGAUGUAGACGAAUGUGCUAGGGACCCGCUGCUCUGCCAGAGAGGCACCUGCAUCAACACGGAAGGGAGCUAUGAGUGUCGCUGUUCUCCUGGACACGAGCUGAAGGCCCAAGGCACUGCCUGUGAAGACAUCGAUGAAUGCACCACGAGUGACAGCCUCUGUCCCCAUGGUCAGUGCAUCAACGUCAUCGGUGCUUUCCAUUGCUCCUGCCACACAGGUUUCCAGAGCACUCCUGAUGGCCAGGGCUGCAUGGACAUCAACGAAUACCAAGUCCAGAACAGUGGAUGUGAAGUGCUGUGCACAAACGUGAAGGGACGCUUCCAAUGCAGGAUGCCCAAUAGGAGGGCUUCUCAAGAUGUGGAUGAAUGUGAAGAAAACCUAAGCAUCUGUGGAGAAGGCCAGUGUACCAACGUGCCAGGAUCUUACCAUUGCAUUUGCUAUGUUGGCUUCUCAGUCUCGCCAGUCAUGAAGAUUUGUGUAGAUGUGGAUGAGUGUGACAUGAAUCCCCACCUCUGUCUCCAUGGGAACUGUGAGAACACAAAAGGAUCUUUUACCUGUCAUUGCCACCUGGGCUAUGUCAUCAGGAAGGGAGCUCCAGGCUGCUCUGAUGUGGACGAAUGUGAGUUUAAAAGACACAGUUGUGACAGGCACGCCUCCUGUCUCAAUAUCCCUGGGAGUUUCAUCUGUAGAUGCCACCCAGGCUGGACUGGAAAUGGCUUCAAAUGCCAUGACCUGGAUGAAUGUGCCAUCCAGCAACAUCGUUGUGCUCCGGAAGCUGACUGCCUCAAUACCCUGGGCUCCUACCACUGCACAUGCCAACCAGGAUUUGUUGGAGAUGGCUUAUUCUGUGAAGACAAGGAUGAAUGCAUGGAGAAUGUGGGCCUCUGUGAUAACGGACAGUGCCUCAAUGUACCUGGCGGGUACCUCUGUGAAUGUGAUGGAGGCUUUCACCCUACCAAGAACCAGCGAGCUUGCUGGGAUGUGGACGAGUGUGCUCUUGGGAACCUGUGCAUGUUUGGGAACUGUGAAAACCUGCCUGGAAUGUUCCACUGCUUCUGUGAGGAUGGCUAUGAACUGGACAAAACUGGAAGCAGCUGCACAGAUGUUGACGAGUGUGCAAAUCCUGUGAACUGCAUCAAUGGCCUAUGUGUUAACACCCCUGGCAGCUACCUCUGCAACUGCCCCCAGGACUUUCAGCUUACCCCCAGUGGGACUGGCUGUGUUGACACCCAGGCUGUGAUCUGUUUCCUGGAUGUUCAGGACCAAGAUGACGGUGGCAUUUCCUGUAGUGCAGAGAUUGGAGUUGGUGUCAGCAGAGCGUCUUGUUGUUGUUCCCUGGGUCAGGCCUGGGGAAACCCCUGCAAGCUGUGUCCAACAGGCAACACCUCAGAGUAUAGGACCCUGUGCCCCGGUGGUAAGGGUUUCCGGCCAAAUCCCAUCACUUUGAUUCUGGAAGACAUCGAUGAAUGCCAGGAGCUACCCAAACUGUGCCAGGGAGGCAACUGCACCAACGCCUAUGGUACCUUCCGAUGUGAGUGUCCUCUUGGAUACAGCCUCAGUGAAGAUACCCGCACCUGUGAGGAUAUCGGUGAAUGCUCCACACACCCAGACACCUGUAGUCGGGGCACAGGCUACAGCUUAGGCAAUUACACCUGUAUCUGCCCUGCAGAGUUCCUGCAGGUCAGCAGUGGCAACAACUGUGUGGACACAAGAAAGAGCAUGGGUUUCCGGCACAGUCAGGGAACAUGUGGGAACACGCUGAACUUCAGUGUGACCCGGAGGAUGUGUUGCUGCUCCUACAGCAUGGGACAGGCCUGGAACAGACCCUGUGUGGCCUGUCCCACCCCUGCCAACUAUAUCAGUGAGUGCGGGGUGAUUCCAUCCAUCUCUGCCCAUGGUGUCCGCAUCAGAAGCUUCCACUGCGCAUGCCCCAUUGACUUCAACUACAGUAGAAACUUUCUGGCCUGUGAAGGUGUGGAUGAGUGUGCCAACGGAAAGGGACUGUGCCAGAGAAACGCAGACUGCAUCGAUGUCCCUUGGAGUUAUCAAUGCAAGUGUGGGGGAUCCAAGCUCUCGCCCAGUGGGAUCUGUGUAAGAUGAAAUGAGUGUUGGGACAUCCCAAAUGUCUGUAGCCAUGGUGACCAUGUGGACACUGAGGACAGUUACAUGUGUCUCUGUCACCAUGACUUCCAAGCCUCAGCUGACAGGAGCCUAGACCUUGAUGAGUGUGACCAGAAGCCAUGUGGAAAUGAGACCUGUAGGAAUAAUGUUGGCUCCUACAAGUACCUGUGCUUCCCUGGCUCUGUGGCAACCCACAACAGUAACUGUGCAGAUAUUGAUGAGUGCCUGAGCCUACCAGGGACCUGUCUGCCAGGCACCUGUCAGAACUUGGAAGGCUCCUUCCAGUGCAUCUGCCCCCCUGGCUUCCAGGUGCAGAGUGGCCAUUGUAUUGAGCUAAACUCUCCCUGCUUUGCUGGAAAUACAGUUACCCCCGCCUUCUGCUCUCUUGGCACUUGUGCCAACAGUCCUGGGACCUUCCAGUGUCUCUGCCCUUCUGGCUUUGUCCUCUGUGACAGUGGACACUAUUGUUUUGACAUUCGCCAGAGUUUUUGCUUCACCCGGUUUGAGGCUGGAAAGUGUUCAAUGCCCAAAGCUUUCAACACCACGAAGACCCAGUGCUGCUGCAGCCAGAACCCUGCAGAGGGUUGGGGGGAGCCCUGUGAACUGUGCCCUCAGAAGGACAGUGUUACUUUUCAGGAGCUCUGUUCCUUUGGCCAUGGGGCUGUCCCAGGCCCAGAUGGCUCCAGAAAAGAUGUGAAUGAGUGCUCGGAGAAUCCUGGCACCUGCACUGAUGGUCGCUGUGUCAACACUGAUGGCUCCUUCCAUUGCAAGUGUCCCUUUGGCUACAGCCUGGACUUCACCAGCAUCACCUGCGUUGGAGACCCCUGUGGGGGAGGUAUUAGCCCAAAUAUCGUUGGAAGUUUCAAAUGCACAUGUACUUGAGGCUUUGAGCCUGGCCCCAUGAUGAUCUGUGAAGACAUUGAUGAGUGCUCCCUGAAUCCACUGCUCUGUGCUUUCCGCUGCCACAACACUGAGGGCUCCUACCUAUGUACCUGCCCAGCCGGCUACACACUGAGGAAGGAUGGUGCCAUGUGCCAAGAUGUGGAUGAGUGUGCAGAUGGGUCUCAGGAUUGCCACACCCGAGGCAUGCUGUGCAAAAACCUCAUCGGCACCUAUGUCUGUAUCUGCCCGCCUGGCAUGCAGCUCCAGCCCUCUGGGGAGGAUUGCACAGAUGAAGAUGAAUGUCAGGCCCAGUCCAGCCUCUGUGCCCAUGGUCGCUGCAUCAACACCGUGGGAAGCUUCCAGUGUCAUUGCGAUGAGGGUUUCCAUCCCAGCCUCACCCUCACUGAGUGCCAUGAUAUCCGGCGGGGGCUCUGUUUCUCUGAGGUGCUACAGGCCAUGUGCCAGAGUUGGUCAAGCAGUGGUGAGGCUGUGCCCAGAGUCGAGUGCUGCUGCGGAGGCGGCCGGGGCUGGGGCCCCCAUUGUGAGCUCUGUCCCUUGCCUGGCACCUCUGCCUACAGAAAGCUCUGCCCCCAUGGCAAGGGCUACAGCACCGAGGGCCAAGAUGUGGAUGAAUGCCACAUGUUUGCUGACCUGUGCCACCAUGGCGAGUGUAUCAAUAGCAUUGGUUCCUUCCACUGUGACUGCCAAGAUGGAUAUACACCAGAUGCCACUGCCACUGCCUGCAUGGAUGUGGACGAGUGCAGCCAUGACCCAAAGCCAUGUGCCUUCCUCUGCAAAAACACAGAGGGCUCCUUCCUGUGCGCUUGCCCCCGUGGCUACCUGAUGGAGGAAAAUCUCAGGACCUGCAAAGACCUGGACGAGUGCACCUCCAGGCAACACAACUGCCAGUUCGUCUGUGUCAACACCAUAGGCGCCUUCACCUGCCGCUGUCCUCCUGGCUUCACGCAGCACCACCAGGCUUGCUUCGAUAAUGAUGAGUGCUUGGCCCAACCUGGCCUCUGUGGCGCCCAUGGACACUGCCGGAACACCCCAGGCAGCUUCCACUGUGAGUGUAAUAGAGGCUUCAUGCUGGACAGCUCUGGCCACAGCUGUGAAGAUGUAAAUGAAUGUGACAGACCCCAUCGCUGCCAGUUUGGCUGCCUAAAUGAGCUGGGGGGCUACCGUUGCGACUGUCCCCAAGGCUUCACCCAGCAUUCCCAGUGGGCCCAGUGUGUGGAUGAAGAUGAGUGUGCCCUGUCACCCACAGCUUGUGGCAAUGCCUCUUGCUACAAUACUCUUGGCAGUUUCUACUGUGUCUGCCCCUCUGGUUUCAGUUUCAACCAGGACCUUGGAGGCUGCCAGGAUGUGGAUGAGUGUGCAGAGCAAGGCAACCCCUGCAGCUAUGGUUGUGCCAACACACCUGGUGGCUUCUUGUGUGGCUGUCUCCAAGGCUACUUCCGGGCUGGACAAGGACACUGCAUCUCCAGUCCUGGAUUCAGCUCUGGAUCUCAGGCCACCCCAGAUGAGGAAGAGUUACUCUCACCUGAAACCUGCUAUGAAUGCAAGAUCAAUGGUCUUUCCCCCCAGGACCGACCAAGGCGCAGCACCCAUGGAGAUCAUCAGGUUGACCUGGCUACCCUUGACGCAGACGUCCCCUUGACCUUGAGCCUGAGCCUCUCACACCUGGGCCAAGACAAGCACAUCUUAGAAUUUCGACCAGCUCUUGAGAGUCUGGUAGGCCAGAUCCGUUAUGUUAUUGCCAGAGGCAACAACCAAGGUUUCUUCCGAAUGAGUCACCUGGACGGCUUCAGCUCCCUGCAGGUUGGCCGUGGGAGACCAAGACCGGGGAAAUACCAGCUGGAGGUGGUGAGUGUAGCAGGAGCUCAGGGCCAGCCAGGACCAGCAAACCAAGCCUUGCGGCUCACAGUCCAGCUGCAGCUCCUCUAGCAGGAAGAGCCUUCAGAGCACCUGGGCGUCCUGUGGCAUCUGAAAGUGGAUGUUUUACAACUGGCUAGAACUGAUCUCGGAGGCAAUGCCUAACCAAGUUGAGCCUCAAACCUCAGGAAAAGGGAAACAUGACACUCUGGCCUCAGAUGAACCCUGUCUUUGCAAGCCUGGGGGACCCCCCAACACCUCAACCUCUCCUGGACUCAGCUAGAAAUCUCAGCAUUCGUCCCUCCACCCCACAGCCAAAGUCAGCAGGAAGGGCCCCUGGUGUUCACCACUCCUCGUCUUCCUCCUGCGAAAAUGUCCAGACUACACUAUGAUUCGCCAAGGGUGUUGGUGGGACAUGGGAAUAAGUGUCUAGGGUGGGUGUGGGGUUCAUCCCUCAGAGAAUCAAAAUGGAAAGCCUUACCUGCCACAUCUUGACUAGCAGAUCAAGGGUCUAACCCAGAGGCAGAUCUAGGGUUCUAAAGAUACUUUUCUUUGAAAAUGGAGAAAACAAUAAAGUCCUUGGGGGUUAAAUCUGCCUGUGGUGUUCUCAAAUAAGUAGAUGCUAUCUCCUCUUACAAAAGCCACACACACACACACACACACACACACACACACACGCACACACUUGGGGAAGCUGGAGGACCCAAGUUGGUGCUGCCAGAAGCAGACCUGUCUCACUGUCAUAAAAAAGAAACUUAUGUUAUUAAAACAUCUUAUAUGUCAUAUUCUGUAGACCUCUGAAGUGCUUAAAGACCACAUGUGUAUCUGAAAUAUAUCUCAGUUUGAUCCUGAAAACAUACCUAACAUGAUUACAAGUUUGAUUGUAAUAGGUGACUAACUACUAACCAGAAUUUCUAUAUCACCCUAAAUGGUUUGUAAUAAUAACUUUCAAGGACUAGAAACAAGCUAUAUAGGUAGAAUACCUAAAACAAGAGUAGAAACGUAGGUACAGUAGGUUUUAAUAAAAAUAACUUUAAAUUUACAUCAGUAGACAAAUAUCUUAAACAAGAGUAGAAA